CCAUGGGAUUUAGCUGAGGAAUCUUGUCACUGGGCUGCGAAUUGUGGAAGGAAUUGAAAGACCGCUUAAGUUAUACUGUGACAAUAAAUCAGCCGUCUUAUUUUCCAACAAUAAUAGGAGCUCGACCAAGUCAAAACAUAUUGACAUCAAGUUCCUAGUUGUUAAGGAAAGGGUACAAAGUGGACAGAUUUCUAUAGAACACAUAGGGACAAACUCCAUGAUAGCGGAUCCUCUUAUAAAAGGUCUUCCGCCUAAGGUCUUUCAUGAGCACACUGCUCACAUGGGUGUUUUGCAGUGUGAGGAAUGCUUAGUUUAGUGGGAGUUACUCAUAUAUAAAUUAUGUGUUCUAUGUUUGGUAUUAUGCAUGCAUACUCUAGUAUUUGGAUAUUUUUUUGGUUAAUUAUAAAGUUUGAUAUUCUGUUAUUUAUGCUUUGUACAAUAAGGUUAUUGAAUGAUCUCACUAAAGUAAAGUAGGACCAGUUGAAAAUUGACAAGUACAGGCCACCUUCUUGUGAUUUUCAUGCUGCACAUUUCAUAAUGAAUCUAUGUCAUUUAGUUAUGUCAGUACUAGUAAUCAUUGAUGGGUUUAGUUAUGAUUGAUAUAACGAAAAUCACUUUGGUUCUAUGUACUGGCAUGGCUAAUGGACGAGAUUAUUUGGAUAUGCUUAAGGUAUAUAAUGGCAUUUUUGAGCUCAUAAAGUCUAACACAUGUGUAGAGUUACAUAUGUGACCAGUGGGAGAUUGUUAGAAUUUUGGGUCACAAAUGUAACUUUUAAUUGUGUUAGGGCCAUUAUUUAAUUAGCCAAAACUAAAGUGGUCUAUUUAAUAUUGAUCUUAUGGCUAAGGGCAUAUGUGUUAUGAAAAUGUAUUGUGCGGAUACCAUAAGGCAAUAUUCUAAUUUGAUGAGGGGCCAAAUUAGAAAUAUUGAAAACAGAAUUGUAACUGAUGCAGUUACUUAUAGGGUUAUGGUCCCCAAUUAUAGACAACACAGUAACGUGAAAAGUUUCUCCUCAUCCCCAUCAGAGGAAAACAUCAGGAAACCCUAAGGGUGAUCUACAAUUGGAAGAUCACAACCCCAGAUCCUUCAGCGAUUCUCAUGGCUCAUUCAGGUACGCUUCCGCUCUAGAUCUUCAUCAUGUUUUUCGGGUAUGGGUUAAUCAAGUGUGGUUUAGGAUUAUGCUCCUAUUUUCUAUAUGGGUAGAAAAGCAUGUGGUUAGGAAUAAAUCCUUAUUUGUUAGAAACUUACAGAGAUUCCUUGUGUCUCCACCACUCUUAAUAUAAAUUGAGCAAAUGGCAUUGGAAGGAAGAUAAAUCCAUAGCCUGAAUUCUAAGUCAACAUCAAGGUUUCUCUUCUCCUUAGGAAAAAAAUGGCAAAAUCCUCUUUCCAUGCUCGCUCAAACAGCUUUCCCUCAAGGCCUCACCCUCUCAUUCUACAAUGCAAUGAACACUUGGAUAGGCUAAGAGCUUCCCAAGAAACUUCUUCAUCUUCCUUGCUCAGCCAUAAAUUAGGAGGGUUGCGCGAUCUGCAUGAUUGUGUUGAAAACUUGAUCCAACUUCCCCUCACUCAAGAAGCAGUUCUCCAUGAGAAGAACUGUGUGAAUGAGCUUUUGGAUGGAUCCUUGAGACUCUUAGACAUGUGCACAACCGCGAAAGACUCUCUACUGCAUACAAAAGAGUGCACACGCGAGCUUCAAUCGAUUAUGAGAAGAAGAAAGGGUGGUGAAGUGGAGCUUAGGGCAGAGGUUAAAAAAUUCUUGGCAUCUAGGAAGGUGGUGAGAAAGGCUAUCUCAAAAGCCUUGUCAAAUUUGAAGGAUACUACUACAAAAGACAAUCAAAAUGUAGCUUUGGUUAGCUUAUUACAAGACAUGGAAGUGGUGACUCUAUCAACAUUCCAGGAACUUCUGCAAUUUAUCUCAGGAACAACACAAUCAAAGUCAAGGAACUGGCUUUUGAUUUCCAAGCUAAUGCAGACCAAGAAAGUAGCAUGUUCACAAUUGGCAGAUGAAAGUGAAUUUGCACAACUUGAUGAAGCAUUGCAGUCCUGCAUAUUUGGUCAAACAAGCAAAUUUGAAGACAUGAAUAAGCUGCAAAAUCACUUGGAGAAAGUGGAGUUGCUUAUUCAGGAUCUUGAAGAGGGUCUUGAGUUUGUGUUGAGGCGUUUGAUUAAGAUUAGAGUAGCCCUUCUUAACAUCCUUAAUCACUAGUUAAGAUUAUCUUGGGCAUCAAAAUUUUGUAAUGGUGUAGAUAUAUACUUUUACAUGGAAAUUUUCAAUGUAAAUAUCUAGUUAUGGUAAAUUAAAAGUUCUUACUCAAA